AUGUUAAGCGCAUGUAUGAUGCGUGGAAUCCGAUACGAGUCGCGAACAGCUGCCGUGGAGGCCUUUAUUGAACUGGUCGACGGGGUUCACCACUUCGAUAUGGCUGAGAUAGCAAUCGGAACGCCCUUACGUCUCAAGCAAACGUACGGUGAAGGUUUGAUGGUCGAGUUAAAAAUGACCCGCGAUUAUCGGCUAAUGCCGGACGAGGCGGACACGGAAGUACAGACCAGUCUUCGUUCGUUCCUGCGCAGCUUGAAAACUCGAUUUCCCCAAAUUCAAGUGGUCGAUCAAUUUGAGGAUCGAGUCAGCCUAAGACUGCCGAUCAAUACGGCCGAAAUUUUCCGAGUCACUUUCGACGUACUACUUGACGCACAUAGGAAUCGAGCAAUUGAAGAUUUCACUAUCAGCAGUCCGACGUUGGAGCAAGUCUACUUUGAUCUGGCCAAAACACAACUGCAGACCUGA